AUGGAUACAGAAAAGGAUCUGCUGGAUGCGUACAUAAAGAACUUGGAGAACCAAAUCGGAAACAAACGGUAUUUUUUGGAGCAAGCUCGAAGCGCCAUCGAUGAGAUCACGAAUAGGCAUAUAGAACCAGAGGGGAAACCUACUGACCCAGGAAUCUUCGCAGAGUUACUGAAAAAGCCUAUGUUAUUACCAGAGAGAGCAGACCCAAUCGGCUUCAGCUUGGUGUCGAAUUUCUUGUCAUCGAGGGUCCAAACUUCCAGUGAAUGGCUUUCAAUAAUGGGCGAUCAAUCAGUCGAUAAAAAGGCAAUGGUGUCGUUGCAAAAAAACACUAACAGUGACUUGAAAGAGCUGCUGGUAUUACUACGGCAUCAGUUUGCCAAUCUGGAUAACAGAAAGCAAAACCUGACUCAUCUAAAGACAUCAAAAGUAAGAAAUGAGGAGCUUUGGGGAUCACUUAAAGACUUCGUGGUGAGCUUUCUAGCACCGAAUAUGGACAACAAUGGGGAGUAUAUACAUAUCCUAACGAGAGAAACUACAUUUAUAUUAAAAAGGCUGAUUGUGCAUGAUUCAACUGUAACGAUGAAUGAUUUUUCAUCCAAGACUAUGCCAAUAUACAGGCUUUUACUCAGGGCAAAUAUAGUUACAGUAACUCAAAGCCCUACCAACUCAGAUGUUAAAUACAUUAAGCUAAUAGACUUUAAUGGGACCGGCCUGACCUAA